CACUGCACGGCGGACAUCACGAGGUGGCUCGUCUGAGGUUGCGCGUCGCGAGGAGUUCCCACGGUCCUGCCGUCCGCCGCUGCCGCCGCCUCCGCGGUCGUCUGCUGCAGGUUUCUGCCGUUGACCUCUGGGGCACAGAAUGAUUUGGAAAGGAGCCGUGUUGCUCAGCGUGGUCCUGGGAAUCAGUGCUCUGCCCAUAGAUGAUCCUGAGGAUGGGGGCAAGCACUGGGUGGUGAUUGUCGCCGGUUCGAAUGGCUGGUAUAAUUACAGGCACCAGGCAGAUGCAUGCCACGCCUACCAGAUUGUUCACCGAAACGGGAUUCCUGAUGAACAGAUCAUUGUGAUGAUGUACGAUGACAUUGCCAACUCUGAAGACAACCCCACGCCAGGAAUCGUGAUCAACAGACCCAACGGCUCGGAUGUGUACGCGGGUGUCCUGAAGGACUAUACCGGAGAGGAUGUGACCCCAGAAGUUUUCCUUGCUGUGUUAAGAGGUGAUGAAGAGGCAGUGAAGGGCAAAGGAUCUGGGAAGGUCUUGAAGAGCGGCCCCCGGGAUCAUGUGUUUGUUUACUUCACAGAUCACGGAGCUACCGGAAUACUGGUGUUUCCUAAUGAUGACCUUCACGUAAAGGACCUGAAUAACACCAUCCGAUACAUGUACAAACACAAAAGGUACCAGAAGAUGGUGUUCUACAUCGAAGCCUGUGAGUCUGGGUCCAUGAUGCGCCACCUGCCUGCCGACAUCAAUGUGUAUGCGACCACGGCCGCCAACCCCACUGAGUCGUCCUAUGCCUGUUACUAUGACGAGAAGAGGUCCACGUACCUGGGGGACUGGUAUAGCGUCAACUGGAUGGAGGACUCGGACGUGGAGGAUUUGACCAAAGAAACCCUCCACAAGCAGUACCAGCUGGUGAAAUCGCACACCAACACCAGCCACGUGAUGCAGUAUGGAAACAAGUCUAUCUCUGCCAUGAAGGUGAUGCAGUUUCAGGGCAUGAAACACAGAGCCAGUUCUCCCAUCUCCCUGCCUCCGGUCAAAGACCUUGACCUCACCCCAAGCCCUGAGGUGCCCCUCACCAUCAUGAAAAGGAAGCUGAUGAGCACCAACGAUCUACAGGAGUCCAGAAAACUCGUGGAGAAGAUCCACAGGCACCUGGACGCUAGGCAUGUCAUCGAGAAGUCAGUGCAAAAGAUGGUCUCCUUGCUUGCGAGGUCCGAUGCUGAGGCGGAGGGGCUGCUGUCCGAGAGAGCCGAGCUCACGGCGCACGACUGCUACCAGGCAGCCGUGUCACACUUCCGCACACGCUGCUUCAACUGGCACUCACCCACGUACGAGUACGCUUUGAGACAUCUGUAUGUGCUGGUCAACCUUUGUGAAAAACCUUAUCCAAUUGACAGAAUAAAACUGUCCAUGGACAAAGUGUGCCUUCAUUACUACUGAAACCCUGCCGCCUUGAUGGGUUUCUACGCGUGAACGCUGCCCCUCAGAGCGCGUGCUAAUCCGAGGCAGAAGAGGUGGCGCAAGAGGGAGGCGAGCCCCCGGUGGUCUCGGGUCCCCCUGGGGAUCCCUGCCAUUCCCGGACCCCCCCUCUAGGCCUGGCGCAGGGAAAGCUCUGUGCCGAGAAAGGUGUAAUUGCUUCUGGGAGGUUUUUGCUCAGGCUGGAAGGAGCAGGAAGUUCACUGGGGCCUCGGCAGCCGGUGAGAGUUCUCUGCUCUCUGCUGUCCAAACCCAGAACCUCUGAAGUCUUCAGGAUGAUUUUACCCAAGAGGGAUGUGCACCCCAAAUGGAAAACUAUUUUUAGGAAAUAUCAUGACUUUUGAUUGCUUUUGUAUCUUAUUUAUCAAUAAUGGGCAAAUCUUAAAAAAAUAAAGAUUUAUAAUGGAAUCGGA